UUUCCCCUCAUACAUCAAACCCACAACAAUCCUAUCGCCAAUAAUACCCAUCUCUACUCCAAAAUGACUAGUAGCGAAGAACACCACGAAGAGACUGGCCAGUUUGGCACUGUCCCCAUCUCCAUCGACACUCUGAAAGAAUUCUACAUGGGUGUCCUCGCUAAGAUGGAAGAAAGAUACCAUAAGCUUCCCAAGGCUCUCGCCGUUGAGCUCAAGCUCAAAGAUAAUUCCGGAGAAGGCCGCUAUUCCCUGGAAUUCCUCUUGAGUGCCACUGAGGAGACCACCGCAGAACAGAGAUCCACUACCUUUUCCACCAUUCUUCAUACCAUGUCGGAAGAGUCGAAGUUUGAAGGACUGAACAUGGACAUUCGCGUCAAGUGUAUCACUGUCUGAGCUGAGACGUGACAGAUGGGUUGAUGGGGCGGGCUUCAUUUACUGAAUCGAUCAGCGACAAUCAUGCUCCUGUGGGCUUGUGCGUACUCAGAUAUCAAAAAUCUGCUCGACAAUAAAUACUGGACUAUGGCAGAGAAUGGUUUUGUCUUGUGAGGAUUGUGGAGGCUCUAGGAUGCAG